GAUUUUGUCGGACAAACGUUGAUGACAUUUGGAUCAAUCCUACGUAGUACAUAGAGUAAAAAUUUUAAAGACAACACGACAAUGGCGAACAAAAUUAUCAUACUUGGUAUGAAAAUCAUAUCAGAAUUGCUAAACAUAUAUGCUAAUUAGCACGAGUGGUCUGAUCCUUAUUGCAGGCGGUGGUGUUACUGGCUUAACUACUGCUAUUUGUCUUUUGAAAAACGGUUAUAGAGAUGUGUUGGUACUGGCUAAACUUUUACCAGGCGAUUUGACAACCGAGUAUACAUCGCCUUGGGCUGGUGCAGCAAUGGUUACAGCUGCUGAGCCAAACGAUAUCAGACUCCAAGAAAUGGACAUGCACUCAAUAAAAGAAUUUGAACGGCUCGCUAAUACCGAAGCAGAUGCUCAUGUUAUGCAUUGUCCCGGCGUGCAAUAUGUUCAGGCACCUAAUGGUGGUAUGAGCCCUGAUGAGGACGUCUACUGGGCUCGCAAGCUCUACUCAAAUUUCAAGGUGAUCCCAAAGGAAAAGUUAGUUUCGAAAACCGAUUAUGGUUACACAUUUGAUUCCUGUAAGACCCUGCUUCUGAUUUUCUCAAGCUUACUUUGCUACUAAUUUUCUGUAAACGGAUCAACUUGCCUAUACUCAAUA